UGUGAUCGUGUAAAUUUAAUCCGGUUGGAAUCCGGACCUCCGCCCCUCUUCAACGCCUACCCGCGCACUGUGAUCUCCGUCUCCUUCGCUACGGCUCCUGACGUCCUCUUCUGACAGUCAGUUCGCCAGCCACGACAGGUACCAGUAAGCAUGUCGGAUGAAGAGCACCAUUUCGAAUCGAAGGCCGAUGCCGGUGCUUCCAAGACUUAUCCGCAGCAGGCCGGGACAAUCCGGAAAAAUGGUUAUAUCGUCAUCAAGGGGCGACCAUGCAAGGUUGUAGAAGUUUCCACCUCCAAGACAGGAAAACAUGGUCAUGCUAAAUGUCACUUUGUUGGCAUUGAUAUAUUCAAUGCAAAGAAACUUGAAGAUAUUGUCCCAUCUUCUCACAACUGUGAUGUACCCCAUGUCACUCGCACUGACUAUCAGCUGAUUGAUAUUUCUGAAGAUGGAUUUGUAAGACUAAAACUUAAUGUUAUUAAUUUAGUUGUUUUUAUUGUUCUUAGUAUUCUCGAUCCCUUUCAUUACACUCAGCUGAGUCUGCUGACUGAAAAUGGUAAUACAAAGGAUGAUCUGAGACUUCCAACUGAUGAAAAUCUUCUUUCUCAGAUCAAAGAUGGCUUUGCUGAAGGAAAAGAUCUGGUAGUGACUGUAAUGUCUGCAAUGGGCGAAGAACAGAUCUGUGCACUCAAGGACAUUGGCCCUAAGUAGAUAUAUUUAUGUGCUGUUUUGGUUAUCUGCUGUGGAUUUGUAAGAACAUAAUGGGUGUAUUUGAGAUCACCUAAAGACUAUGCCAUUAAUUGGCUUGAACUGCUUUUGCCUUCAGAAACAUAAACAGGAUGUACUGGAUCAUAUAUAAUUACGACCAAAACAGUGAACUUUACCUA